CGUUUGUUUCAGUAGCUGUCACAUUAGUAUCGCAGCGGGUGCCUGUUCUUCAUUUUUUUUAUUAGUCGCAGUUUCGACCCCAAAUUUUUUCCUGGUUUAUUUUGUCGUAGAACAUGGUUACCAAAUUCGAUAAAUUCGCUCUAUUAAUGUGGAAAAACUGGAUUCAGCUGAAACGACGUCCGUUCCACACAACGUUCGAAAUCGUCUGUCCAGUGUUGAUAUGUUUGAUACUAGUUGGUGUAAGAAAUGUCAUCGACACUGAGAAAAUGGACCGUUCACACUUUCCACGAUUUGUUACGGGCGAUCACAACACCACUCUUUGUAAAUCAGACAUGAAUGUAGCAUUUUCUCCCACUGACCCAUUUCUGAAGACAAUUGUCAAUACGGUUGUCACUAACAUGUGCAACACUUCUCCAAAGUUACUAGAAUUUAAAAACAAAGCCCAACUCAACACCGAAAUUGAUACGAACCAAUUCGUCAAUUACACACUCGUGGUACAGUUCAACGACGAUUUCACACAACAGCGCUUAUCAAACAUUGAUAUCACGUUUAGAUUACCUUCGGUCGAACGACACGAAAAAAGACAAUGGUUUACGAAUGUGCUAUACCCGGUUUACCCUCGUGCGGGACCAAGACUCGACUCGAACGCCAUCUAUGGUGGAGAGCCAGCGUAUCUCCAACGUGGAUUUCUAUACUUACAAGAACAAAUCACUCUUGAACUGUUAAAAAAUGCAGUUGAACAUUCGGAGCUGCAGAUUUUUUUGCUACGAUUUCCUCACCCAGAAUGGACUGAAGAUCUGUUUUUUGCCGGCGAAAUGGAGAUUAUGGUGGCGGUUAUAACCAUGUGCACUUUCAUCUAUAGCUACAUCACGACGAUUCGAAGCAUAACGCUUGAAAAAGAAAAACAGCUAAAGGAAUGCAUGAAAAUCAUGGGUUUGCCUGGGUGGUUGCACUGGGUGGCUUGGUUCCUCCGCAACUUCACGAUUUUGCUAAUAUCAACUCUCCUAAUGGUUUUUCUGUUGACAGUAAACGUACACAAAGUACCAGUGUUUACCCACACUGACAAGAGUGUCUUACUUUGUUUGUUUAUUCUUUUCGCGUGUAGUACAAUUACGUUUGCUUUCUUCCUUAGUGUUUUUUUCACUAAAGCAAAUACUGCUGCUGCUGCCGGAGGUCUUAUUUUUUGUUUUUCGUUUCUACCAUAUAUACUGCUAGAACAGUACCAGGAGAGUUCUUUUGUGGCUGCAAUGACGUCAAGUUUGUUUACUAAUUCUGCGGUGUGUUUUGGAGUAUCGAUGAUUUUCAAGUUUGAAGCCAUUGGAGGCGGCAUUCAUUGGAACACCCUUUGGUCUGCCAUAUCCCCAGACAACGACUUAACCCUCGGUGCCAUCUUCAUGAUGCUCCUCUUCGACACAUUCUUCUACCUAAUCCUCGCCCUAUACAUCGAAGCAAUAUGUCCCGGAGACUUCGGAGUUCCAGAACACUGGUACUUCCCACUUACUUACUCCUACUGGUACAACAAAACCCUAGACACAACCAACCAACCACCCACCAAAACCGAAGGCGACUACUUCGAAGAAUUCACCGACAAGCUACCAAUAGGAAUCCAACUCCGAAACCUCUCAAAAACCUACGGUAGCACCGAAGCCGUCAAAAACCUAAACCUGGACAUGUACGAAGGCCACAUCACCAUACUACUGGGCCACAACGGAGCCGGCAAAACCACCACGAUGUCCAUGAUCACCGGUAUGUUUCCACCCAGCAGCGGCACGGUUCUGGUAAACGGGUUCGACGUACGCACGAACACGGAGAACGUUCGUGAUAGUAUGGGUUUGUGUCUACAACACAACGUUCUCUUCGACAAUUUAACAGUUUACGAACACUUGUUUUUCUUUGGGAAACUAAAAGGUCUGCCGUGUGACGAAAUCAACCAAGAAAUCGACGACUACAUUAGGUUGCUGGAACUAGAAGAGAAACGACAUUCGUGCGCCAGUUCGUUGUCUGGUGGCAUGAAACGAAAAUUGAAUGUUGGAAUUGCCAUGUGUGGCAAAUCUAAAGUGGUCAUUCUAGACGAACCUACAUCUGGUAUGGAUGUGACAGCAAGGAGGGCUGUUUGGAACCUUCUCCAGAAGCAAAAAAAGGGACGAACGGUACUUCUAACCACCCACUUUAUGGACGAAGCCGAUUUGCUGGGAGACAGAGUCGCUAUCAUGGUUGAUGGUAAAUUGCAGUGUUGUGGUUCCAGUUUUUUUCUAAAACGGAAGUACGACACUGGGUACUACUUGACCAUGGAAGUUAAUUCUUGGUGUCGAGUAGGAGACGUCACAGAAGUGUUGCGAAAGCACAUACCACAAUCAGAAGUGUGUUCCUAUGUGGGUUCUGAGCUCAGUUAUCAAUUAUCAGAAAGCGAAACUUGUAGGUUUGAAAAUAUGCUGAAUGAUUUAGACACGAAAACUAAACAACUGGGAAUUGAAAGCUAUGGCAUCUCACUGGCCACUUUAGAGGAAGUUUUCAUGAAAGCUGGUGACAAGUUUUCCAACAUGAAUAAAUUGAAAGACAGCGAAAAGAUUACGAUUCAGCCGUAUCCGGCGAAAACUCUGGACUAUUUGACCGGAUUUUCGCUUCUGAAGAAUCAGUUUCAGGCGAUGUUGUACAAAAAAGCGCUUGUGAUUUCACGGUCAUGGCACUUGUUACUAAUGCAAGUAACUUUACCCGCUAUACUGAUAAUAAUUACAGUUUUAGUAGGGCGGAGGAAUGUCCCUCUUAGCAAAUUUCCUUCCCUAAAACUGUCCCUAGAUUCUUAUGAUAAACCGACAGUUCUGAUAGAAGCUCCUGACGAAAAUAAAUAUUAUCAAAUAUAUCAGGAUAUGUUACGAGGAUAUCAAUUAACAAAAGUGCCGAACAUAGAAGAUACGGUUUAUAAUCUAACAAUAAAGUCACCACCUACUGUCAGACUAAAAUAUAUCACGGCGGCUUCUUUCAAAGACAAUACGGUUACGGCUUGGUUUAAUGGUGACCCUUAUCAUUCAGCACCAUUAACACUAACCCUGAUUCUAAACACCCUCUACAAGAAACAUCUAGGCCAAAACGCGACAAUAAAUUUCUUCAACCAUCCUCUUCCACUCAAUAUUGAAGCACAGAUUGAUAAUUUACUCUUCAAUAUAAUGGGUUUCCAAAUUGCCAUAGUACUCGGAAAUGGAAUGGCUUUGGUGGCCAGUUUCUACAUACUUUUUUACAUCAAAGAGCGCGUGACCAAAAUAAAACAUUUGCAAUUUAUGGCUGGCAUGAACCGAUUCGUAUUUUGGCUCACUUGCUUCCUCUGCGAUUUGGUUACGUACUCCAUUACGGUUUGCGCUGUGUUGGUGACGUUUCUGGCGCUUCAGGAAGACGGAUAUAAAGAGGAAGACGAAAUAGGUCGUAUAGCGGUGUUAUUGGUUUAUUUCGGCUUCAGCAUCCUACCUUUUACGUAUUUAGCGUCCCAUUGGUUCACCGCUCCUUCCACUGGAUUCUCUAUGACCAUGGUUUUAGGAGCAGUUGCAGCGGUUGUCGGACUGACCACCAUGCAGGUGCUAGAAAUAGACCCUCUAGGUCUAUCAGAAAUCGCAGAAAGUGUCAACUGGAUCCUACUCUUCGUCCCGUUCUACUCCAUAGCGAAAGGCGCCUACGACGUCGGACUAAUCUACUACCUCAAAGAACUGUGCACAGCAAGCGACGACUUCUGCGCCCGACACCCCAAAUGUUGCAAUGACAACGACUACUACUCUAUGACAACGCCUGGAAUCGGCCGCAACAUAAUCAUAUCAUUUUCGAUCUACAUCGUCCUUUGUGUCAUACUUCUAUGUACCGAAUUCUACAACUUCAGCUGGACUAAACACCAAGCACCAAACCGAGAAGUCCAUGUAGACAGCGACGUCCAAGAAGAAAUCAACAAAAUCAGAAACACCCCGAACGCCAUUUUGAAUAACAACUACACUCUAUUUCUGCGGGAUGUCACCAAGUACUAUCAGAAUUUUCUAGCGGUGAAUGGGGUUUGCUUGGGGGUAAAACCAUACGAGUGUUUUGGUUUAUUAGGGGUCAACGGUGCUGGGAAAACCACCACGUUUAAGAUGAUGGUUGGAGACGAAAGUAUCUCAUGGGGGGAUGUAUGGAUCAACGGGUUGAAUAUCCAAACGCAACAGAAGAAAACUCAGAGGUUGAUUGGGUAUUGUCCUCAGUUUGACGCUCUUCUAGGGAAUUUAACCGCUCGAGAAACCCUACAGAUGUUUGCGUUGAUUCGUGGAGUGCCAGCGGGGAGUUGUAACUCUUUGGGGGAACAUCUAGCCGAAGAACUCGACUUUCUGAAGUACUUAGACAAGAAAAUUAAAGAGCUUAGUGGUGGUAAUAAAAGAAAACUUAGUACCGCUGUUGCUUUGGUUGGUGAUCCGCCUAUUCUGUUUCUGGAUGAACCCACCACUGGAAUGGAUCCUGCUACGAAGCGCUUGGUCUGGAAUGUUCUUUCUAGAUUGAGAAAUAGCGGAAAGUGUAUUGUUUUGACUUCGCAUAGCAUGGAAGAGUGUGAAGCUUUGUGUACUAGAUUGGCUAUCAUGGUCAACGGAAAUUUCAAGUGUGUUGGGUCGCCUCAACGACUUAAAAAUAAAUUCGCUCAAGGGUUUGCGCUAACUAUUAAAAUGAAAAAGGGUGACUUGAAGAAUGACCUUACUGAUAUUGAUAGUUUUAUCAGGCUGAAUUUUCCUGGGGCGGAAUUGAAAGAGAGGUAUCAAGAAUUGUUGUCUUAUCAUCUGGUGAACAAUUUUAUGUCAUGGUCACAAAUGUUCGGAAUUUUGGAAAGGAGUAAGAAAGACUUGAAUAUUGAAGACUAUUCUUUGGGACAAUGCAGUCUGGAGCAGGUGUUCUUGAGCUUCACGAAACAUCAAAAGUAAAAUUUGCCAGGUUUAGACGUUUUCUUUUUACAUUAAUAAGACAAAUAAAUUUGUUGCAAUGAA